ACAACAUGAAGCUUGCUAUCAGUUCUCUGGAGUCUUGAAGUCGAGGAGCAGUUUUGUUUAAUUCUACACGCCUAUACACAUUUUUUGACAAUGAUGUUCCUGAUUUUCUCGGCUAUCAUUCUGGCUGCUGCCGCCCAAGAAAUGUAUGUGGAGCCUUAUGAAGGUUACCCCGAGUGGUACAUUAGCAGCCCUCAGAGACACCGCCGUGACGUCACGUUGGACCGCAAGAUGGGUGACGGACGAGUGUACGGAACUCUUGGACAGAACGACAAUGGACUCUUUGGUAAAGCUGGCUACGACCACCAGAUCUUCAAUGACGGCCGGGGUAAGCUGACCGGGGGUGUGUCGGGAACCCGCGUGUUGGGCCCAUACGGCGACUCCUCCCACCUGGGCGGAGGACUCAACUGGCAGAACUCUAACGCCGCCGCCUCCCUGGACGUCAGCAAGCAGAUACAUGGACCUACCUCGUGGAACGCGGGUGCUGGCGGCAGGUGGCCAGUCGGUAAGAACGGUGACUUCUCUCUCCAGGGCACCUAUGGCAAGACUUCCGGCAUGAGGCCCCAGUUUGGAGGCAUGGGCAACUUCAACUACAGAUUUUAGAACAAGUAUUGAUAGAAUAGUGUAAGAUUUUUAAUGUGAUACCAGUAGGCUCUUAUUUUUUAGACUGCAUAUUCUGCUUUUUUAGAUCUCGAAUCUGAAUCUUGCCAUUAAUCGUUAAGUGCCAUUAAACUCUUGUAAAUAGUGAUUGUAAAUAGCAUAAGUGUUAGAAAUAAAAAUUACAAACUACUUA